UGGUGUCUGUAUCUGUGCUUAUUUGGUAAAGAAAGAGCCACUAAUAUUGGUGUAAUAAUGUUGUAGUGGGUGACUUCACUACUCCACCCCUAACUUAUUAUGUUGUCAUGUGUUUUCCAGGGCCCUGAGUACAGUGGGGAUAUACUUUCCAGAGAGAAACUGAACAGGCCUAUAGUAAACGUUUACCACAGACACCCUGGGACCCAGUCACCUGAGGCUGCUCAUCUCAUACAGGGUAGUUCUGUGUUGAGACGCUGCCUGCUGUCCUCUAAAGAGGAGCUCUCCAGGCUGCAGGGCACAUGUCUGCAGCUGGUGGACAACCUGCACGGCAAGAGGGCCGCAGAGCAGGUGGACUCUGCUGUGUUCAGGCUGCGCACUUUCCUCCAACAGGGAUUGUACUAAACUCAUUAUGUAGUGCAUGACUCAAUUCAUCUUUCUUCAAUGUUUCCU